AUAGAUUUAAUAACACAUAAUUUAUUUUUCCUCCAUGGGACUUUGUACCUGAUUAUGAUGCAAUAAAAGGUAGUGAAACUAUUAAUUUAAAUAAUAGAAAUGAAAGAAUAAUAAAAUAAUGACGUAGAAUGCGUGUAAUCUUUAUAAACGUGAUUACGUAUCUUGGAGAUAUUAAAAUAGCAUACCAUAGAAAAAUAAAAAAUAAAAAUAAAUUAACAAACAAUGAGAAGAAAUCUUGUUUACCUUGGGUUACUUAGAUAUUAUUAGAUACUAUAACGAGUCAUUUCCUUACUAAUAUAUGGGAGAAAGAUAAUAAAUAAAAUGAGUAAAUUUGUUGUAAUAAAACAACAGUCGUUAGAAGAAUUUUCGCCUGUAAAGACAUGGACUUGACUGCUUGUUGAUAUUAAUAUAAAAGAUGGACAACAACACAGCACGUGUCGCCAGGCCUUUUCAAACUUUGGAAGAGCUAUACAGCAGUUUGGAAGCUCUGGAAACUUGGCCGGAGAUUUGUAAGCUCCGAGACUGUGCAGAGUAUGUCUACAGUGGCGAGGAAAUUUCACUGGGAGAAAAUCUAGAAAAUUUAACUAAAUUAAGCCGAAGAAAGCAGCCUAAAACUAUUGUCUGUCAUGACAUGAAAGGUGGCUAUCUGGAAGACAGAUUUAUUGAUGGUUCUUCAGUAAAUGACUCUUACGCUUUUUACCACUGGAGUAUCAUCGACAUCUUCAUCUACUUCAGUCACUACACAGUGACGAUUCCUCCUUUUGGCUGGAUUCAGACAGCUCACAAGCAUGGAGUCAAAAUCCUCGGAACCGUAAUCACCGAGCGGACAGACGGUGAAAAAGUUUGGGAGAAGGUUUUAUCCUCAGUAGAGGAAACUAAAAAAUUCGCAGACGCUCUGAUCCUCCUGGCCAAACACUUCAAGUUCGAAGGCUGGCUUCUCAAUAUUGAGAAUAAAAUAAAGCCUGAUGAUAUGGAGCAAUUGAAGUACUUCAUUCAGUACUUGACUUAUGGAAUUCACAGCGAGAUUGAUAACGCUGAAAUUAUUUGGUACGACAGUGUCACGAGUGAUGGCAGCUUGCUUUGGCAAAAUAAAUUAAACGAGAAAAAUUUAGACUUUUUUGAAAUUUGCGAUGGAAUUUUCUUAAAUUACAACUGGACUGGCCCUGGAUUACUCGAGAGUCGUUCAAUUGCAGAACGUACGGACCGAGUUACAGAUAUUUAUGUAGGUCUUGAUGUUUGGGGUCGUGGAUGUCCAGGAGGCGGUGGUUUUAAUUCAAUUGAGGCAAUUAAAAAAAUUCGCGAGUAUGAUUUGUCAGUUGCGAUAUUUGCUCCGGGUUGGACGCACGAAUAUUUCAAUGGACAUACUUUUGAAUUACUUGAAAACAUAUUCUGGGCGCAAUUGACUCCGUAUAUGUACAUACACGUACCUAUUUAUGAAAACGAGGUCUUUUCAACGAGUUUUUGUCAUGGAUAUGGAGAAAAAUUUUUCUACAAUGGAGAAAGCCUGGAAACUUCUUCGGCUUUUUAUAAUUUAGCUUUACAGCAGACACAAAUUUCAGUACCUAAUUACCAGUUGAGAUUUACUUAUGUUAAUAUUCCAGAGGCUAAAAAAAAAGACAAGGAAGAUAAAAAAGAUCAUGAAUUACCGGUGUGUAUUUUUGAAACACCCUUUCAAGUAAUUCAAACUCAGGGUAAUGAAAUAAAUAUUGUGGAAAAACCAGAGAAACAUAACUGUAUUAAAUAUUUUAAAAAAUAUUCUUAUAAUGGAGGAGGCUGUAUUCAAAUAAAUGUUUCUCGUCCGCAAUAUCAUAGAUUAUUUUUAAUACAUCUUAAAUACAGUACUGAUAUUCAAAUUAUUAUUAUUCAUCGGUCUGAUGAAAAUAAUGAUGUUCAGGAUAAUUAUAGGACACAUUAUCCAGUACUUGUUGUUAAAAGUGACGCAAUAAUAAAACAUUUGGAUCCAUAUGAAAAUUUUAAAUUAAAUUGUCAAUGGAAACAAAGUUACUACCGUUCAAAUAUGAAGACAAUAAAUGAACUUGGAGUAAUUUUCACCACCCCAGGAUCAUAUUGCCUUGGAAAAAUUCAGAUUCACCAAAUGCCUUCAAUUAUUUAAAAAAAAAAAAAAUCUAAAUAAUAAUUAAAUAAAAAUAAAAUUAAACACUAUAAAUAUUUUUAAUAAUUUUUU